AUGUUUCCGCAUACCACAAUUGCACCUGCCCCCGCCGGGCCUCCAUUGACCAUUCCCCCGCCAUUACUAGCCACCCGUUUAACUUCUAAAAGCGCUAAAGGCUGGUCAAAACAUCUCAAGGACAGCCAGGCUCUCUACAAAGACUCAAAAUAG